CCGCCACCUGCCGAAUAUCGUCGACUUCCGACAUUCCUGUCAACGAAUAAUUCCGGAUUUUUCGAUUCAGUUGUCGCUUCGGAUUUCAAUUUGUACGGGAAGUUCAAUGAUUGGUUGAAUGACAGCAAGCCUCGCAGUGGAUCGUUUGCGAUUGAAUCUGCUGAAGAGCUCGCGAGGAAUCCAAGAGAAACUCGCUCCGAGCCCGAAGUGCCAUCAUUGUUCAAAAGGCGUGAAUAUGGAUGUGGAUACUGUCGUUCCGUUGGAUAUAUGCGAUGGGAAACGCAUACACGUAAGAAAUGCGACAAGCUCAGCUCAUUGGCUCCAUGUAAAAUUUGUGGAGCUCGCGGUGAAAUGAAUCACACCGAGACGUACUGCCCAAUGAAGCCGUCGAGCCAGUUGUCCUUCAAUGAGGAUUUCAGCCGAGAUUUCGAAAACCGCCGAUUCCAGCGCAGUCGUUAUCAAUUUUACAAGCAUUCCUCAUUAAUUCAGAAGAUCUACGCAUCAUCCGAAGAUUCUUUCUAG